AUGGCUUCCAAGACCGCCAUCGCUUCUGCAAACGAGAUCACCAUCGACGAGUUCAACCAGCUCCUGAGCCAGUACCCGGCUCUCAUCAAGGAUAUCUCCAGUACCAAGGGUGCCAAACCUGGUCAGAAGACCUUGGAGGCGCUUGAUGAGUAUCGUUACCAUGACGCGUUGGAUAUAUUCAGCCCUGGCAAGGACACCCCAAUGAAGCUUGAUGACAUCAAAACCCUUGUUGAGUGGAAGUUACGUCACGGAAAAUUCAGGCCAACACUGAUGAAGCUUGUGUCUUCAAAUGAUGCCGACACGGCUGAAGAUAUCGUCAAGCAAGCCAUUGAUGCCUACAAGGAGGACGCCGACAUCGACGCGGCCCUUGGCAUCUUGACAAAACUCAAGGGCAUCGGCCCUGCAACUGCAUCUCUCCUCCUGGCCGUUCAUGAUGCAACUCGGGUCAUCUUUUUCGCCGACGAGGCUUUCUGGUGGCUAUGUUGCGAUGGAAAGCAGAGCCCUAUCAAGUACAACGCCAAGGAGUACCGCUCCCUUUGCUCCGCGGCCAACGAUCUACACGAGAGACUUGACGUUGCAGCAAGUGACGUGGAAAGGGUUGCCUAUGUGUUGAUGAAGGGACCAGCUUCACCCAAGUCAUCAGACCAUGUGGUGCCCUCCAAGGAGGCCAAGAAGAAUAGGGCACCAUCUUCGACGAAGCGAAAGCCUGACACCAGAGUUGAGAAGGCCGGCGAUGCAACCCACGACGCCCCUGUCCUUCGUCGAUCGAAGCGAGUCAAGGCUUGA